CUUAAGAAUUAUAAAAUACACACUCAUAAACAGAUCAGAUUAAUGAAUCGGGCUAUUGUUGCACAUUUUUUACCUUUUUUACAAAUGUAUGUGAGGGCGUCUUAUUUGCAAUAGCAGAUCAUGAUAGACUCAUUAUUCCACAUCCAGUCUCAUUACAUUUACUCAAGGCUUUCCUUAUUCAUCGAUUUCUCCCAUUGUUUUUCCUAAGAGAAAUAAUCUCCUACACUCGUGCCUCUUUUUUUAUUUAAUUUUUUAUAUAUAAAGGAAUUAAAUGAACAAUCAAGAUGCUACAGAUGGCACAAAUCUGAGAAGGGAACAUCAUCCUCAGUGGGAAGAGUCUGGACAACGACCUAAUCAACAAUCUUCUAGCCAGAGUCCCAUAGUAGUCCAGCAGUCCGCGUUGAUUAACCCCUUCACAGCAACAUCGCGAGUUACACGGCAGAGUGCAAGGCUGUCAAGUCAGACCCCACCACCUACAGCCAUAGAAACCAGUGGGCAAGAGAGAGCUCACUAUGAAUUAGGAUCACUACAUCGUUCAAAACGGUUUCGUCUUCACGGACAGCCAGCUUUAUGGUCAGAGAACCCUUUUAAUCUGAAUGCGUCUCCUAUUAGGCCAUGGAAUUCAAGUUUUGAGACACUUAGUGCUUCGGGAUCCUCAACUUCAGCCCACCGAGCUCAACCAAACCCGAUGACCACAGCAAGCGACAGGGGGAUUUCAGGCUCUAAUUUGUCGAGUUCCAUACCUAUGAAAGAGGAGUCAACGAUGGAGAGGGAUAUUGCAGACAUCAUGGUUGACGAACAAUCGCCAUUAUGGAUUAUUGCUGGUCGGAAAGCUCUUUUGAAACUCAAACAUGGUGUUGGUCAUGUGCAGGACAUGGAUUCUUCAGGUGGGACUACUGAACCGUUUAGAAGAGGAGCAAAUCAGACUCACACAUUGAGAGAAGAUUUCAGCGCUCACUCAAGUUCGGGAUCAAGGCAAAACGACUAUGAAAAACCUGUAUCGUCAAGUCCAAAUGAACCAUCUGAUGUGAGAGAUAAAAACUACGAGGGAAAGGACGACGACAACAGCAACGCCCACCUUAGCAACAACAUUGUUGAUAUUGGUACCGACUACAGCUAUGAUUAUAAUCAAAGUCAAAGCCAAAACCAAAACCAAGAUGUGGCAAUAAAUGUUGAUGAGGAGUUACAGAGCAUGGAAGAGCGUGUCCAACAAAAGCUCCGAAAGCUGAUGGCGAACUCUGGGAAAACCAAAGCAAGUUGGAGCAGCAGCACUAGCGCAGGACAAAUUAGUCGCGAUGGACGUGAAGGCGAAACAUUUUUCCAAUAUAGAAGCAUUGGGGGCGGCGAGUCAUCAUUAUCAUCAAUAUCAUCCCCUCUACUCACUUCAUCAUCUCGAGGACAUCAAUAUCGACGACGGUACCUGGAGGAUCAAGAGGCCGCGCCUGAGUUGAUGGCUGUGGAUGAUCUUGAAGUAACAGACAGCAUGCAGGAGCCAGAAAAAGAGGGAGACCUAGAACCAGAGCAGAAAUCGAAAAUAGAGCAAGAGGCGAGGUUUUCAGAAAUUUGGGAGCGGUCUGAGUCUGAGGAUACGCUGAUCAAGCGAACCCUAGAGGCCGAGUUAGAGGUUGAAUUGGAAGUCGAAUUGGACUCUGAACGCGCUGGAUACAAAGCUGAACAUUCCAAGGUUAGCAGGCAAAUAUCGAAUAAUGAACUUAAUCUAGACUCUGCAUUGGAGCUGCCCAUAAACUUACCUGAGGUGUUGGUCACACGAGACGAGUUAGAGUCUCGGUUUUGGAUGUAUGGGCCAAGAAUUGCCAAACCACAGCGCAUGUUCCUGUGAAUCUUUUUUUGUUUAAAUCUCAAAAUUGUACCAUAGUCUAUGUACCCAAUCGUCAAUAACAAACACUAUCAUUUUG